AUGGAAGAAAACCUACCUCCCGGAUUCAGGUUCCAUCCCACAGACGAAGAACUCAUCACAUAUUAUUUAUUAAGGAAAGUGUCCGAUACUGGCUUCACAUCCAAAGCUGUAGCAGUUGUUGAUCUCAAUAAGUCUGAACCUUGGGACCUCCCAGGUAAGGCUUCCAUGGGGGAGAAGGAAUGGUAUUUCUUCAGCUUGAAAGAUCGGAAAUAUCCAACUGGGCUUCGAACAAACCGAGCCACCGAAUCAGGGUAUUGGAAAACCACAGGAAAAGACAAGGAAAUUUUUGGCGGUGGAGUUUUGAUAGGAAUGAAGAAAACCUUAGUCUUUUAUAUGGGCAGAGCUCCGAGGGGAGAGAAAAGCAACUGGGUUAUGCACGAAUAUAGGCUAGAAAACAAGCAUCCCUUUAGAUCUUCAAAGGAAGAAUGGGUCGUUUGUAGAGUCUUCCAAAAGUGCUCAGCACCCAAAAAACCACAGCAAACAUCAUCCUCCCAACCAUCUCAAGAGUCACCUACUUCAAUGAUCAAUGAAUUUGGUGAUGUUGAGAUGCCAAAUUUAAAUAGCAUAGCAAAUGCAUCAAGUGGCUUCACUAACAUUUCAGGACACACUUACAAUGGCAAUGAUGUUAACACAAACAUGAACUUGGCCAUGAACUGGCCUGCUGCAACUGAGGUUCAAUCUCUCCCGUGGCCUUCUGGAUUGCUGAAUCCAAGUCUUUCUGUGAAUUCUUUGCUUCUCAAGGCAUUGCAACUUAGGAGUACUUUCCAACAAAGAGAAGCUGCAGCCCCUGAUCACUUUGCAACAUAUGUUCCUCAAGGAUUUUCUAACCUUGGAACCGACCUAUCCUCAAAUCUCAAUGCUGCUUCUUCAAAAGCUUUAGAAUAUUGUGUGCCACAGCAGGAGCAACCAUUCAAUAUGGACUCCACUUGGUGA